CGACGGGUAUAUAUGUAAAUUCAGCAAUCGUUGAUUCAUACUCCAUACUAGUGUUAGAGUAGAACUUGAGUUCCAACUCCUAAGGUUUCUUGCUCCAAGAAUCUAGCCAAACCCAGACAAGAAAUAGUAGACUUUCUUCUUCCGAUUGUUUUGCUCACUUCCUUGAGUCGUCGAAUUAAAGCCAGGAGAAGAGAUGGCUGGGUACAGAGCACAAGAUGAGUAUGAUUACCUGUUCAAGCUUGUGCUGAUCGGAGAUUCUGGAGUGGGCAAAUCUAACCUGCUGUCCAGGUUCACCAAGAACGAGUUUAAUCUGGAGUCCAAGUCCACUAUCGGCGUUGAGUUUGCCACCAAGAGUCUCACCGUCGAUGGAAAAGUCAUCAAAGCUCAGAUUUGGGACACUGCUGGCCAGGAAAGGUACCGUGCCAUUACCAGCGCUUACUACAGAGGAGCAGUUGGGGCUUUGCUUGUGUAUGAUGUCACCAGGCACGUCACAUUUGAGAAUGUGAGCAGGUGGUUGAAAGAGCUAAGAGACCACACUGAUCCUAACAUCGUCGUGAUGCUCAUUGGCAACAAAUCAGACCUUAGACAUCUAGUCGCGGUUCGAACUGAGGAAGGUAAGGAGUUCUCAGAGAGGGAGUCUCUCUAUUUCAUGGAAACCUCUGCGCUGGAGUCAACAAACGUUGAGAAUGCGUUCACAGAAGUCCUCACUCAGAUAUAUCAUAUCGUGACUAAGAAGGCCAUCGAGGCCGGCGAUGGCGAUGGUGGUGCUACUUUAUCUGUUCCUUCUAGAGGAACGAGUAUUAAUGUCAAUGAUGAGGGGAAACGAGGGGGUUGCUGUUCAAGCUAGGGUUGCGAAUUGAUUGACUAGUAGUGACUGCCCACCUGAUGUAUAUUAUCGCCCAACCCGAUGCUUUUCCUUCAUUUUUUUUACCUUUCUGUUAUCUUUCAAGCAGAUGAUAAGAAGGAAGUGUUCUUCGUGGAAACACUAGUGCAAUAUAUACGAGAUCUGAUGGAUCUGCCAACAGAUUUAAAGACAUAUUAUAUACAUAUAUCAUUUAUAUCGCCAUUUUAUUAUUUUAUCUCUGGUUUAUGGAAUGCACUGUUUUUUUACUUGCUG